AUGGUUAUUACAGAUUAUGAAAUUGGGCAAAUCAAUGCAAUACAUACUGUAUUUAGAGAAAUAACUCACCAGGGCUGCUAUUUUCAUUAUUGUCAGGCGAUUCUACGGUAUGCCAGAAACAAGGCGAUCGGUGUUUACAAUUUAGUAAAAAUAAACCCUGUUGCUUCUCGUGUUUUCCGGAUGAUACUUGUACUACAAUACCUUCCGUCUGAAAGAAUUGGCAGAAUUCCUUCGGUGGUUGAUGGUGUUAAUGUCAUAAUUGUAUUCAUAGUGCAGUAUGAAGAUGUUGCUUUGACGUACCACCGAUUUAUUUAUGAAUACAUUAUUUCUUUUUGGAUUCUUUCCAUAACUCCUUAA